AUGGCCACCCAAGAGACCCUCCCCCCAUUCCCAGACAGCGUCCCCACAGCGCCCCUAACCCGCCUCUCGCUCAGCAAACUGCUCGCCCACGACGAAGCAGAAACAGACCGGUUCAUGCAAGCAUGCUGCGACAUCGGGUUCUUCUACCUGGACCUGCAGGGCACUGAGUCAGGGACUACCCUCCUCGCCACAGCAGACAAGCUAUUCCAGACAGGCACGGAACUGUUCCAGCUCCCGCUCGCCGAGAAACAGAAGUAUGAUUUCAGUGCCCAGGGUUCUUACCAUGGGUAUAAAGCCCAGGGGGCAAUGAUUGCAGAUAAAGAGGGGAAUAUGGAUAGGAAUGAGUUUUAUAAUGUCUCCAAAGACGCCAUCCUCAACCUCUCCCCCGCGCUCCCAGGCCCAGAAAUCCUCUCCACCCCCGAAACACACACCGACCUGAAAACCUUCAUCACGCUCUCGCACGACAUCACGAUCCUCGUACUCACCCUCCUAAACAAAACCCUGGGACUCCCCGAGUCGACCCUCCCCGACCUCCACCGCCUGCAGUCCCGAAGCAGCGACCAAGUACGCUUCAUCAAAGCGCCGCCGCAACCACUACGAGACAGCCGCACGGCGAUGGGCGAGCACACCGACUUCGGCAGCGUGACCAUCCUCUUCAACCGGCUGGGCGGGCUGCAGGUUCUGCCGGCGGGGGCAGACGCAGAGUGGACGUAUGUGCGACCUUUGCCGGGCCAUGCGAUUGUGAAUCUGGGGGAUGCGUUGGUGAAGUUCACGAAUGGGUUGCUGAGGUCGAAUAUUCAUCGUGUUGUGGCGCCCCCUGGGGAGCAGGCGGCGUGUACCAGGUAUAGUCUGGUUUAUUUUGCGAGGCCUGGGGAUGAGGUUGUCUUGCGCAGGUUGGAGGGGUCGGAGUGUAUUCCGGAGGGAGGGGAGGACGAGGUGAUUAGCAGUAAGGAGUGGGUUUGA